AUGACUUUUCGUCGACCUCGUAUUAAUGUUAAACCUAAUGUACAAGCAACACGUCCAGUUGGUACUAUUGUACGACCACCGGAAACAUCAAUUGAAUCAAUAUCAAUUGAAUCACAAGAAGAACAAUCUACACAACAGAUUGAUCCUCCCGUAAUAGCAUCAGAAGUUAUUCAAGAGUCAAUAUCAAAUGUUGAAGAUACAAUUGAAGUAUCACAACAACAACAACAACAACAACAACCAUCUUCACCUAUUUCUCUUCCAAUUGUUUCAUCAUCUACAUCUACUCCUAUUCCAACUCCGUCAUCUACUCCUAUUCCAACUCCAUCAUCUACUCCUAUUCCAACUCCGUCAUCACCUCCACAUUCUUCAUCACCUAUUCCACCUCUUACUCCCACUCCAAUAGCAAGACCAUUAUUUAGAAGAAAAAUAAUACCAAAUAUCGGCGUUAAAACAGUAAUUCAUCAUCGCCGACCAUCAGCUAGUUGUUCCGGUACCGAAAGUGAAAGUGAAUCAUCUCGUCAAAAACAUGCAAUAGCAUCAUCGAUCACAAUUGGACGUGUAAAUCCACCAAAUACUAAAACAAUUGUUUCUAAUGAAAUACAAAUAAAUUCAAUGUCAGAUCUUCCAAUAAACGGUGAUAUAUCAACCACAACAAAAGCUGAAGCAAUAAUAACAGAAACAUUUGAAGCACAUACACCUUCUAUUGAUCAUAAUCAUAUACAAUUAUCAUCUCGAACAACUACAAAAGUUAGUCGUGAAUAUCUUACUCAACAUAUUAAUUAUCGAGCACAACGACUUGCUGCAAAAAUUGAACCUGAUAUGACAAUACGAAAACGUCGUGCAAUAACACUUGAAAAACUUGAUGAAACUGGUGUUAAUAAAGGUACACCUAUUGAUACAUCAAAAUUAAAAAUAGCUGAUUUUGUUCAUUAUAAUCCUGUCUCUAAUCCAAUGGAAGUUAAAAUUAAAACAACAAAAACAGAUAUUUCAAAUGAUCCUGUUCGUAAACAAAGUAUAUCAAGUACUGAUGGACAAAAUUCUAUUUUAGCACCACAAUUAAAAAUUGAUGCUAAUGGUAUAUUAGUUGUUGAUGAAGAAAGUUUAUAUAUACGAAAUAUAGAUGAUACACCAAGAAAUACAAUUAUUGUCGAAGGACAAUUUAAUGAUGAUAAUUUAACACAUCAAAGUUAUAGAAAAAUUGGUCGAAGAAAACGAUGGAAUAAUAGAGAUACAUUACGUUUUUAUCAAGCAUUGAGAAUGUGUGGAACUGAUUUUACAUUAAUUGCACGUGUUUUUCCAAAUCGUGAUCGAGAUGAUAUAAAAAGAAAAUUUAAAACAGAAGAUAGAGCAAAUAGAAGUUUAGUUGAUUCAGCUCUUAAACAACGUGUUCCAUUUGAUCUAACAUGUUUUUAUUCACCAUCCGAAGAAUCAUCGGAAAAUGAUAAUGAAAGUGAUAUAGAUGAUGGAAGACAAAAACAAACACGAAAACGACGAAUAAUUAAACGUAAACAAAAAAAACCAUCAUCAUCUGAUCCACUUGAAAUUAAUCGACGUCGAGAAAAACGUUUACAAUCAAAAAAGAACAGUAUACGUAUUAAGAAAAGUGCAGAAUUUAUUAAUGAUGAUGAUGAAGAUGAUAGUUCAAUGGAUGUUGCUGAUACAGUUGAAGUUAUGACAACAACAAAUGAAUCAAAAUUUGAACAAAUGAUUCCAUCAACUCAAAAUGAAGAAAAUAUUUUAGAUAAUUCUAUAACAACUAUAGAUGAAUUAGGAAAUCUUCUAGGUCCAAUUGAUCAAGGUCAUUUAUUAUUUGUUCAUAAUACAGAUGAAACAGGUCUCGAUCGAAUUGAUGUUCAUGUUGUUAUGCCAAAUACAAUUAAUAAUAACAUUGAACAAACUAUAUUUGAUUGA